CAUCGACGCCAUUUCCAUUAUAUUCAUCAAAGAAAGGAGAAAUUUUUUCUGACUGUUUCUAAUAAACAAGACAAAAUUAAAAUUAUACGUAUAAAAAUAAUUGCCAUAACAAAAGUAUUAAAUAAUAAUUGUGUUGUUUAAAUAUUUAUAAGAAAAUGUCGAGUACUCGUUUGCCAUUUUUAGCUGAAUAUGCUAAGACGGGAAGAGCAUCAUGCAAGGCAUGCAAACAAAAGAUUGCCCAAGACGUAUUGCGUAUUGCAAAAGUUGUACAGAGUCCAUUUCAUGAUGGUUUCAUGACCAACUGGUUCCAUGAUUCAUGCUUUUUUAUGAAAGCCAAACCAACAACAACAGGUGAUAUUGAAAAUUUUGAUAAUCUUCGUUGGGAUGAUCAACAAAUGAUUAGAGAAAAAAUUGAUAAUGCUGGUGGUGGUGGUUCAUCAACAACUGAUGGUGCCAAAAAAGGACGUAAACGUCCAAAUGCUGAAGUAUAUCGUGAUUAUUCAAUUGGAUAUGCAAAAACAGAUCGUUCAACAUGCAAAGGAUGUGAAGCACCAAUUCUUAAAGAUGACAUUAGAAUAUCAAAGAAAGAUUAUGAUUCAGAAAUGGGACAAAAAUUAAAUGGUGUUGAAGCAUGGCAUCAUGUUGAUUGUUUUGUUGAGCUUCGUAAAUCAUUUGAUUUUUAUGAUUCUGGUGAUGUAUUACCUGGCUUUAAAACUCUAAAUAAAGAUGAUAAAAAAACAAUAAAAACAAAAUUACCAAAAAUUAAAAAUGAAUUAGAUGCAUCAUCAGCUAAAAAAAUUAAAAUUGAUCCUGAUACAAAUGCAGAUGAAAAAUUAAUGAAAAAACAAAAUGAAGAAUUGUUUAAAUUAAAAGAUCAAUUGGCAACAUUAACAAAAAAAGAAUUAACAAAUUUACUUGAUGCUAAUAAUCAAACUGUACCAGAAGGAAAUUCACGUAUCAUUGAAAAAUUAGCUGAUUUGAUGUGUUUUGGUGUACCAUUACCAUGUGAUAAAUGUAAUGGUAAUUUAAAAUAUAAAUCUGGUAUUGGAUACAAAUGUACUGGUGAUUUAACUGAAUGGACAAAAUGUGAAAAUGUUAAUAUUGAUCCACCAAAGAAAAAAUUCAAAGUACCAAGUUACAUGAAAGAGAGUAUUGAAUUUUUAUCAACAUAUAAACCAAAAAUUGAAAAGAGAAUAUUUAAACAAACACUUAGUACAAAAUCCCUGGCAUCUGUUAAAAAAGAAGAAAGUGAUGUUGAUGGUCCUAAAAUAAAAAAAACAUUACCCCUAAAAGGUAUGCAAUUUACACUACAUGUAAAAGGUAAAACUGAUAAAGAAGAAAUGAAGAAAAAAAUUAUGUUACUUGGUGGUACUGUUUCUACUAGAUUACAUGAAAGUAUUGCUGCUGUUAUAGCAACUAAAGAAAUGUUUGAUAAAGGUGGAAAAGCAAUAAAAGAUGCAGAAGCUAUGGAUAUACAAGUUAUCAGUGAUGAUUUUAUUGAUGAAGCUAAAGAUUAUAAUGAUACACCAAUUUCAUUGUUAACAAAAAAAACAAUUUGUGGAUGGGGAAGUGAUCCAUCAAAACGUAUUGCUGUUACAAUGGCUAAAUCAACAUCAUCACGUAGUGCAGGUGGUAAAAGUGUUUAUGAAAAAUCAGCUGGUAAAAUAAAGCUUAAGAUUAAGGGCGCUGGUGCUGUUGAUCCAGAGAGUGGUCUUGAUGAUACUGCACAUAUUUAUCAAAAUAAAGAUGAUGUUUAUAAUGCAAUACUUGGUCUUACUGACAUACAAUCUGGUACAAAUAAAUAUUAUAAAUUACAAUUAUUAAAAGAUGAUAAAUCACAGAGAUACUGGUUAUUCAGAAGUUGGGGACGUAUUGGUACAACAAUUGGUGGUAAAAAAUGCGAUGGUAUGUCACUUGAUGAAGCAAUAAAAGAAUUUGAACGUUUAUAUUUGGAAAAAUCUGGUAAUCAUUGGAUGAAUCGUAAAGAAUUUGUUAAAAAACCAAAAAUGAUGUAUCCAAUUGAUGUUGAUAAUGCUGAUGAAGAUGAAAACUUGGGUAAAUUUGAUUCAAAUAUUGAAAGUAAAUUGAAAAAACCAGUACAAGAAUUAAUACGUUUAAUAUUUAAUGUUGAUAUUAUGAAGAAAGUCAUGGCUGAGUAUGAGCUUGAUACUGAAAAAAUGCCAUUGGGUAAAUUAUCAAAAAAACAGCUACAACAAGCAUACAGUGUAUUGACUGAGUUACAAAAUCUUAUUAUUAAAAAUAAAGCAUCACCUGGUAGUGAAAGAAUGAAUUUAAUUGAUGCAUCAAAUCGUUUUUAUACACUUGUACCACAUUCAUUUGGUAUUGCUGAUCCACCAAUACUUGAUAAUGAAGUUAUUAUAAAAAGUAAAUCUGAAAUGCUUGAUUCACUUAUUGAAAUGGAAAUUGCAUAUAAUUUAUUGAAUAUUAAAACAGAUUCAAAUGCAAAUCCAAUUGAUACACAUUAUCAACAAUUAAAUACAGAUAUUGAUGUACUUGAUAAAGAUAGUGAAGAAUAUAAAGUUAUACAAGAUUAUACUAAAAAUACACAUGCAUCAACACAUUCACAAUAUAAACUUGAAAUUGAAGAUGUAUUUGUUAUUAAACGACAAGGUGAAGAAAAAAGAUUUAAACCAUUUAAAAAAUUACAUAAUCGUAAAUUAUUAUGGCAUGGUUCAAGAACAACAAAUUUUGCUGGUAUAUUAUCACAAGGUUUACGUAUUGCACCACCAGAAGCACCAGUUACUGGUUAUAUGUUUGGUAAAGGUAUUUAUUUUGCUGAUAUGGUAUCAAAAUCAGCAAAUUAUUGUUGUACAUCAAGUCAAAAUUCAACUGGUUUAUUGAUGCUUUGUGAAGUUGCACUUGGUAAUAUGUAUGAACGUUUGGCUGCUGAAUAUGUUGAAAAAUUACCAGUUGGUAAACAUUCAACAUUUGGUAUGGGACAAACACUUCCAGAUCCAACUAAAAUUUACAAAACUAAAGAUGGUGUUGAAGUACCAUAUGGUCCUGGUGUACCAGCCCAAUUGCCUGAUCAAUCAUCAUUACUUUACAAUGAAUAUAUUGUAUACGAUGUUGCCCAGGUCAAGGCACAAUAUCUCGUAAGAAUGAAAUUCAAAUAUAAUUAUUAAAAAUACAAAAAACAUUCAUCAUUAAAAUAUUAUUACGUUUAAUUUUGUUUUAUUAUUUGAUUAUUAUUAUCUUAAACU